GGAGUACCAUUAUUAUGACAAUGAUUGUAUGACAUACCAUAAAUGACGGCGCGCGCCCGUGAUGCUGAUAGCCGAGAUCUUGAGAGCAGAUUCACCAUGUUCACGACUGCUACAUAUUAUGUAUGCCACUUCGACAUUUGUUUGCACGAGUGAUUUUCCCGAGUGGAAGGCAAGGCGCUAGGCGUGCACUCGCAGUCAUUUCAGGCGAAAAGUAUAAACUCCUCGCGUGGAGCUGGUGCAGUGGUGGCAUGUCCCGCAAUCUCAUCAUGGCUGUACUCCACAGCGAGUUUGGGAAGUCCAUCAGCAAAUCGGACAAGUAGGACGGGUCGGCAAGUGCUGUAGUACUAGUAGUACAGCCUACAGGGCACCACCACCUAGUCCUUGGACUUCGUGCUUGGCCAGAAAACAGAGCAGCAACGCCACCGGUACGGCGGUGGCGUCCUCGGAACUUAGGACCUCGUCGCUUCCAGUCUCUCUCCUACUGCUACUACUAGGACUAGUAGGAGAGAGUCCUAGCCAUCCUGCGCGUUCUUAUGCUGCACGGUUCCCAACCAUCCCACCCUGGCUGGCGCUACAAGGCGGAAUGGAUACAUCGAGUGGACAGCGGGGACGUGCUCUUUUCAUCCUCGCUCACAGAUUGCAAUCGAGUUUAUCCUCGCUAGCGAACUGGGUGACGACGACUUCGGCGUAGCUGUCGCUGCUCGCUAACAGCAAGAAUGGUCUGGAUUAUCCCGUGGCGGAGGCGGCGUGAGCGUGGUGGCCGUGGACAUUUGGUGAGAGGUGGCACACCGCCUGGGCACACAGGACAUGCGGGUAGUGUCACGCUGCUUAUUUGGAGCGUGUUCGGUGUUGUUCUAAUGUAUUCGGCUGGACAAUGCAGCGGUCAGUGUCAGCAACAGCAACUUGCAGCUGACGAUGGCGAGCUGGUGUAUAGGAGCGGCUGUCCACAUGGACCGGGGAAAUGUAACGAGUCGAACACGAUCUUGCUCGGCGGCCUGUUUCAAGUGCGAAAGGACUACAUAGCAAGCUCAGAGCGCUGUACUGGAGAAGUGCAGGAUAAAGGUUACCAGCGCAUGAUGGCUAUGGUGUAUGCAAUACAAGAGCUGAACAAACACAGUGAAGAUGUAUUACCGCCCGGGGUGAAGCUGGCAUUUGAGAUGCGCGACACAUGCAAGAGCCAGCGCUACACCAGCGAGCAGGUGGUGAAGUUUCUGCAGCGCGGAACGGAGCGCUGCACCAGCGAUGGCAGGGUGGAGACGUCGGGCGGCGAUAUGUCCACAUUCCCGGUUAGCGGCAUAGUUGGCGCGUCGUCGACGGACCAAUCGGUGGCCACUGCCGACUUGGCCGAGCUAUUCCAUCUACCAGUGAUAAGCUAUGCCAGCUCUGGCGAGAGUCUGAGCAACGAGCGCUACAAGUUCUUCUUCCGAGUUCUGCCGUCGGACGGCUUUCAGGCGAGGGUGGUGGCAGAUCUUCUUACCAACAUGGAAACUCGCUUCUUCAAUCUGAUGCAUUCUUUCGGGAACUACGGCGAGGAUGGCGCCAAGUCUGUUCAGGACCUGAUGGAGAAAUCCGGCUGGUGUAUAGCGGGGAGGUAUAGCUUGCCGCAGGAUGUUACCGUUGAGGCCGACAUACAGCGGGAAGUUAUGUCGUUUCUGAAUUCUUACGCGGAGAAGUACAAGAGCAAUGCGCUGGUGACGGUGGCGUUUGCGUCGGAGGAGAGCAUGGAGGCCGUGUUCGAGCAGCUGCGCACGCAGAACGUAACGCUGCCAAAGAACUUCACGUGGAUCGCCACGGACUCGUGGGCCGAGUCGAAGGUUAUCAAGAACCAGCAGAAUCUGCCCUGGUCACAGGGCACCCUUAGUAUUGUGCCUACGUCAAAGAAGGUGCCAGCGUUUGACGAUUUCUUCUGCGGUCCGUCCGCAAUGGACUGUGGCAAUCCAUGGUUGAAGGGCUAUCGUGAUGACUUUGUGUUCAAGGGCAACACUUCCGUAGACGACUCUCACCCGCUGCCCUGCAACAAGACAGCAUACCCGGGUUUUGGCUACAACUUCAACGCCAACUCCAAAGUGCCGUUCGUGAUGGAUGCUGUGUACGCGUUUGCUCACGCCGUUAAGGGUUUGGUUCAGGAUAAAUGCUCCACCAACACCUUGGUGUGCCCAGAGAUCCUGCAGGACAAGGCCAAUGUACGUCGGAAUGCCAUCGACGGAGAGAUGUUAAGAUCAACCCUGACCAGCUUGAACUUCAAGGGGAAGUCCAUUGAAAGAAUCAGUUUUAAUGAGAAUGGCGAUCUGAAAUCGGCAUCGUAUGAAAUCAAGAACCUGGUGAACUACGAAGGCAGCGGUGAACAACUUCGAGACGUCGGCAGUUGGAUUCAAAACGCAACGACCGGCGGUGCCCUGAUGGUGAAUUACUCUGCCGUCACGUGGCACAGCAGAGAGAUGGGCCUGGAACACAUUCCUCGCUCGCAAUGCACUGCUCUGUGUCAGAACGGGUAUCAACAGCAGGUGGUUACUACUUACGAUCACUGCUGCUGGAGCUGUGAGAAGUGUAGCAGAGAUCAGUUCACCAAUCUUACACGGCACGUGCAGACUUGUCAGACGUGCGGUCCGUCGCAGACGCCCAACGACACGCGAGACGGUUGUCGGCAGCAGCUGUUCAAGCAUGCACACCUGUCCGAUCCCUUCAUCGGCGUUUGCUUCGUGGUUGCGCUGCUGCUGCUGUUCGCCCUUGCCUGGGUGGCAUACCUGAUGUACCGCCAAGGUCGCGUUCGACUCAACGAGAUGAGUGCCCUGAAGUUUCCUCUGCUGGUUAUGUUUAUAAUUGGCGUUGUCAUGGCAGCCGUGUCCAUGCCAAUUGGCCUGGCCAGGCCAUCAACAUUUGUGUGCAAAUUUCAGGACUUCUGGGUGAGUUUGUCGUUAGCGACAAUGAUUGUGUCCAUAGCGGCGCGUAGCAUGCGCGGCUCGAUUUACCAUCUUCGAAUACACUGGUCCGAGCACUCAGGAUCGGAGCAUAGUUCGGCUGAGACGGGAGCUGAUGACGACAGCUUCUUCCAGGACAGCGGCUUUGCCGAUCAUAAAUCAUCUAUCAACUCCUCACCGGGUCUUGUUGGUCAAAUCAUUGAGCCACUGCCUGCUCAGCGACCUACUCGUGUAUCCAUAGCGUCAGAGCAUUCUACCGAAAAGCGAGAUUCCGUGUUCACAAAUUCUGGUGGUGGCGGUGGCGUCGGAGGAGGAGAAACCAGUAGGCCAUUAUCACUGUUGCGGCGGCGACUCACUACCGACCGCAAGCUUACGAUCACCAGCACCGUGUCGAAGGCAAGCCCGAACACGCUGGAUGCUUUCGUGGCGUUCGUCUUCGUCUUCCUCACGAUCACCGUACUGAGCAUCACGGCCGCGUCGUCCGGCAGCGAUCCAGUGGUGAGCUAUCCCAACAGUGAGGGCACGGAGGUGUAUCUGUCCUGCAAGCAGGGCAGCGAUAUCCUGAUCGCCGGCGCCGUGUGGGUCAUGCUGAUGUGCCUGGUCAUGGCAGUGCUGACCAUCAUCUCCAUGGCAAUGGGAAUCACGCCGCCCACCGUCAUCAAGUACGCGGCGCUGGCUGUUGUCGGUCUGGUGGUCAUCGAAGGCACUGGCGUCAUAGUGCUCGCCGUUGCAAGCGGCGACAAUCCGAGCGGCCAGGAAGGAGUCGUCGACUUGAUGGUGCUGAGCUUUGCUGCCACUUUCCUGUUCGGCGUUGUGCUGAUCGACGUCCGGGAUGCUGGAAAGACGCCGCAUGAAGACGACGUGUUCUCGGACUCCGGCCAUUUCAAGAGAGUCCGACACGGCUCUCAGUUCAUCGACCAGACACUGACGCCACAGCCAAACAUGUUCCGCGGUACUUCGUUUGACCGAUCGCCGCGCCGACUCAGCGAGCAGCUCAACGUUGCCAAGACGUUCUCGUUCGACUCUCCCGUCAUCCAGCGACACCUGCACCCACAGAUGAUACUGCACACUGCGGAUGGAAACCUAGAGGCUGACGAUGCGUCGCCGAGAAGCAUAGCGUCCGAUGUUGAAGCUGGUGCUCACCCAACUGGCGCUGAACUUGCGCUGGCUGCUAAUCGUACCCGCAAGAAGGCAGUAUUUCGGCCAAGACUGGAACGUGUGAUCAGCUCCGGCCAGUCAGAAUCCGGUACGGACACUUCAUUGUCGAGGGCUGAGACUGCCCGAGGGUAUCCCAGCGUCGUCUUGGAAAAAUAUCACCUAUCUCCGACAACAGAGUUCAUGGCGCAGGACGCGCAAGCACAUGCGCGUCCACCGCCGCACAGCCCUCAGCUCGCAGCGUUGCCGCCUGGAAGCAGCCCGGUGACAGCGACUGGCCGUACUCUGACGGUGUCGACUGCAUCCUCGCUGGACUGCACCGCAUCAACUCGGUCUCUGUCUCCGCUCGCUUCGAUCGCGUCGUGCGUACAUCACGAUGCUAUCCGUAGUCCCGAGCCCACUGGGACACCGGCGACGGGCAGUCUACCAUCAUCGCCUUCUAAAACGUACAUUGAAACAUCCCUCUAGCCUAUGCCUCUGGACUCAUCAAUUACUGAAAUAGGUAAUAUUGUUUGUGCACUCGGCACACCCUGCACGCCAAUGCUAACGGCUUGAAGUUACGAUAAGAACUACAUGUGUGGGUCCCAGAAAUAGAACAUUUCCUGUGACACGCAUCAGGGCGAUUACUAUCACAGCAUGGUUAGUCGAAGAAACACAGAUUGUAUGGUACAAGAUAAUGCGAGUUGCAAGUGACAAACUUGGAGCGUUGUUGCUGAUCACGAGCCAUAGUGCGAAUACUAUCGAGCGGUGAGCGGGAGUAUACCUGUGUGACCAGUGUGAUUGCGAAUUUGUGCUACAACUCCAAGUCAUUGCUGUUGUGAUGUAGGGUGUGACGAGUGCGCAGACUAUAUUAUUGAUUUUUUUUACGGUUAUCGUCUCCUUGUCAACGUUUCAAUGAUCCAUAGACAACCUUUUCUUUUUCCCAGACAGAGCCUCGUUGAGUUGAGCGUUGCUUCAUUAGAGAUUUUUUGCGUUUACCGGCACGCACGUUGAGUUUGGCGUCUGAGUAUAGCUCGAUCAUGCAAGAAAAGCUGUUUGAUACACGUUGAAUUAGCUCGAUCCACAUUAUGCUGUCCCAUGGCUUAUACCUGCGUAUGCGAGUGUUGAUCGACUUUAACCAUGUUUCUUGAAUAUGCUGUUACUCUCAUGACUGCUAAGCCAGUAUGGCAACUUAUGUUGGCAUCCUUGUCCCAUAGCUAGCACCAUCAUUCUCAUCCACCAGUGAUUAGUGUGUGUGCGCAUGCGCGCGCAUGUGUGUGUGUGUGUGUGUGUGUGUGUGUGUGUUAGAAUGGCAGCAUUUUGCGAGGUUAUCUCAUACUCUUCACUCACCGUGUGUGCGUGCCGCGAGGAGACUCAACAUCUCCUUCACCGGGCCACAGUACCUUACGCCGAUCUCCUCUCAUUUUCUUAUAUGAUCACAUCGUGUGAGAUUACAACAAUAUUAUUGGGUUGUUCUGAAAUGCAUUCCAACCUCUGAUCUUCAUGCUCUCUUAAGCCCUAUCCGUUCCUCCAUCAUUCACUAAUUGAAAAAUAUCAUUUUAUUUUACGAA